UUGAGGUAUGUUUGGUUUGAUGAUGAUAAGGGUAAAGUAGCAGCUACACCACAUAUCAAAAUGUGUUCCAUGAACUCUCACUCUCUCACUGUAUCGACAUUUCUGUGAGCGUUUCGGAGACUCCUACAACCCACCACCGUCUCACUCUCUAAACUUUCUGUCAUGACUUUGCUCAACGAGGAGACAUAUCAAAAUGACCGAAUCAGUGAUUUACCAGGUAAUGUCAUUGAUGUCAUCUUAGGAAACUUGAAAAUUCGAGACCAAAUUAGGACUAGUAUUUUGUCAACAAAGUGGAGGUAUAUCUGGACUUCGGCCCCUCAACUUUGUUUUGACCAAGACCUCUUUGAAAUUUUUCAACAUCUUGAUGACCCUAAUACCGUUAUUUCUAAAAUCAUCACGGAUCUUCUUAUGGGUCACAAUGGUCCAAUACACAAGUUUACUCUUUUCAUACCAUAUAACUCCUAUUUCAAGAUCACAGUGGAAUACCUCAAUAUGUGGAUUCCGAUUUUGUCAAGGAAGGACAUUAAAUAUCUUGAUCUUGUGAACGACUACGGUCAAGUUGAUCAAAUGCCAUAUAUUGUCCUCUCUUGUAAGGAAUUGACUUACUUUAAAGUCGGCGGAUUUAAAUUGUCAAUUCCACCUAAUUUCUGCGGCUUUAAAAAAUUGCUUGAAAUUCACCUAGUUUGUGUAAGAUUCGAGUCCGGUGCACUUGAGAGUCUUAUGUCUGGUUGUCCAUUACUUGAAAAGCUCAGCAUUGAAUUAUGUGAAGGUUUUGAGUAUCUUGAUAUUUCUUCUACUACUCUCAAAGUCUUAUUACUACAAUUAAGUGACGAUAUGAAGUCAAUUUGUCUCAAGAAAGCAAAGAAUUUGAUCGAUUUUACACUUGAUGCUAAUCACAACAGCAUAUCUGAUUCGAUUAAAAGUUUGCCCAAACUUAAGAGGUUUUCUCUGGUCCGUGGAAAAAAGGACCCAUAUGCAGAAAGCAUUCCUCCCACUCUGCUAACAAGCUCAUUCAACUCUUUAGAGUAUUUGCAAUUGGAUGACUUGAAUUUGAACGAUAAAGGAGACAUUUUGUUUUUUGUUAGUGUUCUCGAAAGUGCUCCUGGGUUGAUUGAAGUUGUUAUUAAGAGUCACAACGAUAAUGAUACCUCACAAGUGUUGGACCUUUCAAAGGAGUUAGAGUGCUGUAACUGUUGCCUUAAACUUCAGACAGUGGAUAUCUACGUUAGAGCUAACCCUCAAUAUGCAAUGAGUUUGAUACAGUUCAUACUUGCAAAUUCUCCUUCGUUAAAGAUUCUUACUUUUAAUUGCAAUUCUAAGAAAUUAAAUGCACGUACAUUGUAUAGAAUUUCACAAGACUUGUUAUGGAUGGAACGGACGUCACCAAAGGCACAUGUUAAGUUUCUUCUUUCCACCUUUCCAUAAAAAACAAAGUUCCUUCAUUGUGGUAAUUAGUUUUAGUUAUAGUUAUAGAUUGUAUAAUGAACUUGUACUCAUGUAGCCAGAUUGUACUCACUUGUGAGAUGAAGAGGCUGGUUGCACAAUGGUACCUACUUGUAAUAGUUUGUAAACUUUCUGUUUAUAAUAGUUUAUUGAUAUAAAAGAAAGUUUGCUUUAUCAUCUAUCGAUUCUAUUUAGAUUGAAAUUGUUGAAGUUUGUAUUUGUGAUUGUUAGAAUUUAUUUGAAGUUCCACGUUGUUUUAAGUUUCCGGACUGUUGGGUGUAUAAAUAUGUGAGGACAACCUUACUCUUUGAGUUAGCUUUUGAGAUUGAGAUCCAUACAUAUUUAAUAUGAUAUGAGAGUCGGGUUAAAGAUUGCAAUGUAUUUAACAGAAAUAUGUAUUUUUCAUCCUUUAGACUAUGUUUGGGAGUUUGGAGGGGAGGGAAGGGGAAGGCUUCCGAAAUCGAAUUUUUAAAAAAAUAUAGAAAAAUAUUUGACAUUUUUUGAAAAAAUAGUUUUGUUUAGAAUGAUAAAAGAGUCAUUAUAAUUACAAAAAUUUUAAUUUUCAAAAUAGUAU